AUGAGUCUCCCCGAGGCAAAAGAUGCUUCAUACAACCGCCUUUUCCAGUUGGAUGUUGCACGGGCCUUGGCGGCACAGUUGGUCCUUGCAGUUGAGUAUGUUCAUUCCAAGGGAUUCGUUCACGGAGAUCUUCAUCAUGGAAAUGUUCUCCUCCGGUUACCAUUUGACCUAAGCAAGCUUUCUGUGGAGGAAUUGUACAAAAAAUACGGAGAACCGGAAUAUGAAGCAAUAAGACGUUUCGAUGGCCAACCGCUUCCACCAAAUUUUCCCUCACGCGCCGUUUUACCAAUCUGGCUUGGCGAAGCAAGUGACAAACUCAAACUCCAAGAAGCCAAAAUCCUGCUCAGUGAUUUCGGUGAGGCUUUCUCCCCUGCCAAGCAACAGAUAUUUGAGUCACACACUCCGCUUGUGGGACGACCACCAGAGGCUCGGUUCGAACCACAUAAGCCUCUUUCCUUCCCAUCAGAUAUCUGGUCCCUUGGAUGCUCUUUAUGGACCAUCUUAGGGCAGAAUACACUUUUUGACGGCAUAUUUGCAACCGAAGAUAGCAUUACUUGCGAGCAAGUCGAUGCACUUGGUGUACUGCCCCCGGAAUGGUGGUUCAAAUGGGAGGGGCGACAUGGUAGAUUCACGGAAGAUGGGAAGCCGAUAAAUCGGAACCCUUACCGGUCGUGGGAGGACAGGUUCGAACAAGAUAUGCAGGAGCCUCGACAAAGGAAAGGGAUGCCACUCAUUGAACCAGCCGAGAUGGAUGCUAUCCUCAAGAUGCUGAAGUCAAUGCUCAAAUUCAAACCUGAGAAACGGUCUACUGCAAAGCAGAUUCUCCAAUGUGAAUGGAUGGUCAAGUGGGCUUUGCCUGAGUACGAGAAGAUUCGAAAGACAUGA